AUGGACGACGUCAAAGCUCGAUACGAAGAUCUUUGGCUUUCAACCCAGCUAUUUUGGGAUCUUAUGCUUCGAAUGCAGCCGAACUGUGUCACUUCUGAUAUUGAAGUUCUGAGAACUGCAGUUGACCUGAUGCUUGAUGUCGUUGUUGGUCGCAUGCUUCCCCAGCUUCGACCAGAGUAUCACCCAGUCCUCGUAGAAAACCACCUACAAGCACUCAGUCGUCGUCUCCGUGCUCUGGAACUGCGUCUCCGAACCGACAUGGGGACAUGUGGCAAGUCACCCAAGAUGCUUUGCGGGUGUAUAAUUCCUGUAAAGCGUCCCAACAACAAGGACAGGCUCUGGACAUGUCACUUGACUAUCAGAAAGGACGAAAAGGGGCGCCCUGAGGAUCGAGGACUCAAAUUUCGAGAUUUGGCUGGUCUUCUCCGCCUUGAAGACUUUCUCUCGCAUGUCUACAAUGAAUUCGAGCCUCAACUGAGCCCAGCGAGUCCAGCGGCAGACUGCGGAAUUAUCCACACUGCUAUUGCGCUCAUGGAUGAUGAUAUCAAGAGGUUCAUCUCUAAGAAGGACUACAAUACUGCUGAUGAGCUUAAAGCAGAGUGGAUUUAUGUCCUAUGUCACGAGAACUUUCGCUCCUCUAUCGUCCUUGAAGUCAUGGGUAUCGUCAGUGAUGCUUUGGCUUUUAGCGAGAGAGAUGGGACUCAAACACAUCGGGAGGAAUGUGACCUCUGGGCUCCCGAAACGGUUCCUGAACCACUCACCACGACUGCACGCUUCAGAAAACUGACAACGUUCCGGCCUGAUCCGAACCGGGAGGUGAGUCCUCUGCAUCCUUCAUAUUGGAAACGGGACUCUAAGAGCUCCUCUAUGAACCGGGGCCAUAAAGUUUGA